GAGGGAAGAAAUCACACAAAUAGAGGCUUGUAACUUACGUUUGGAUCAUUUCGAUCCUUUUUAUCCUAAUUGCUCCUUCUUCUUCUUCUUCUUCAUCGUCGUCUUCUUCUGUGUGGAAGAGAUAGAGAGAGACAGACAACUGAAGAACCCUUGCAAAUCUCAUGAACUGUGGAAUCGUAUUGGGCUUCUACUGCUGGGAUUGGGAGUUCUUAACUGCCCUUCUUCUCUUCUCCGACUCUUAAACAAACCCUCCCGAUAUAUAUAACUCCUUCUCCUCCUCCUCCUCCUUCUUCGAUCUUCGUCUUUGAUAUCUUCUUUCUUGCAAGUCAAUAUAGUUAGGAAAUAAUGGAGCGAAGUUCGAGUCAAAAGGGUAAUAAUUUGCUGGAGUACGUGCGGAAGUCGACCCCUCCGCCUUUCCUGCUCAAGACGUACAUGCUCGUCGAGGACCCGGCCACGGAUGAGGUCAUAUCAUGGAACUCGGACGGGUCGGGCUUCGUGGUGUGGCAACCCCCCGAGUUCGCAAGAGACCUCCUCCCCACCCUCUUCAAGCACAGCAACUUCUCUAGCUUCGUCCGACAGCUCAACACUUAUGGAUUCCGUAAGGUGGCGACAGCCCGGUGGGAGUUCUGCAACGACAUGUUCCAGAAGGGGAAGAAGGAGCUGCUAUGCGAGAUCCGGCGGAGGAAGGCGUGGGCCAACAAGCUGCACCCAACAGUCCGAGCGGCAUCCAGGCAGGAUAAUCAUCAGCAGUUCAACAACAUUGACGAAGAUCAGAGGUCAUCGUCAACCUCGUCAUCUUCAGAGUACAGCAGCCUUGUCGAUGAGAACAAGAGGCUGAAGAAGGAGAACCGGGCCCUCAGCUCUGAGCUCCUAAGCCUGAAGAGCAAGUGCAAGGAGCUCCUCGAUUUGGUCUCGAAGUACGCUAUCAACAAUCACAUCUGUCACAAUCAUAGUUUUGGCAGGGAGAUUAGUAUUAGGGAGGAAGAAGGAGGAGGAAGAGAAGAAGAAAAAGGACCAAAGCUGUUUGGGGUUAGAUUGGAAGAGGGAGAUCAUCAUACCAGGAAGAGGAAGGCGGAAAACAUUAGGGAAAUGUUAUUUUCACAGUCAUGAAAAUCUAAAUCGACCGCACGUUGGUACAAAUAGCCAGAACUGAUCUACAACAGUUGUGAUUAUUCCAUCCGUAUGUUCGAAUCAUAAUUAGUUAGAUAACAAAGAAUUAUCGGGUGCCGUUAGAGACAAGGCAAAGGGUAUCGUGAGAAUUGUAAUGUACAUAUUAUCAUAUGCUAUAAUUGGUUCAGUUUGCAUGGUCAAAGACCAAUGAGCCAUUACAUAAGUUUUCUAUGUAAUAGUUCUCUCUAUGCCAUAUACGCUUCUCCCUGCCUUUUGGGUUUGUUCA